UGUGUUAUGAUGUUGGCUGCAGUGAUAACUUGAAGCCAGCGGUUGGUCAGUGGCUUGAUAAUUUCUUUUCCCAUCCGUAGCCGAUUGGUGUCGUGCUAUCCAAAUGGGCAAGCCCCGUGGUAUUCGCACGGCGCGAAAGCACGUGAACCAUCGCCGAGAGCAGCGAUGGGCUGAUAAAGAUUACAAGAAAGCCCACAUGGGUACGAGGUGGAAGGCCAAUCCCUUCGGUGGUGCAUCUCACGCUAAGGGCAUCGUCCUGGAGAAAGUUGGUGUUGAAGCCAAGCAGCCUAACUCUGCCAUCCGCAAGUGUGUGCGUGUCCAGCUGAUCAAAAACGGCAAGAAAGUAACAGCUUUCGUGCCGCGGGACGGUUGUCUAAACCACAUUGAAGAAAACGACGAAGUCCUAGUAGCAGGAUUCGGUCGUAAGGGUCACGCCGUGGGUGACAUUCCCGGAGUCAGAUUUAAGGUUGUGAAGGUGGCCAACGUCUCCCUCCUCGCCUUGUACAAAGAGAAGAAGGAAAGGCCACGUUCGUAAGCCCGACUUACACUGUGAUAAGUGACCUGCUGCUGCAAAGCUCGUGUUGUUUAUAAGUGUACAUAAAUAUGAAAAUCCAAGUGCAUAAAUAAAUUUGUGUACGCCCA